AUGGAGGUUGCGUCAAGGCAUUGCGUGAAAGGCUAUUGUGUAGAUGAACCAAAGGAUUGGUGUUGUCAAAAAUGUAAUAUUGACAAGGGAGUACGUGGACUCGAAAAUGAGAACACUGAUGGAUCAAUGUCACAUUCCUCUGCAAAGAAGAUUUGUCAGAGUAAUCUGCCACCAAAGAAACGUCUGAAAACUCGAGAGCUUAGCAGUCUAGAUGGCGUGAAAGCAAGUACAACGAUGAAUCCACUUAUGACACGCUCUUGUGAUCCUUCUCUAGUUCAUUCCUGGAAGGGAAGUUUUGACAUCUUCAAUCAUUUCGAAUUCAUACAUGGGGUAUUCGACAAUUGUAUUGAGGCGCAUCCUCCUUCCAAAGUUAAACGUAAAGUGUAUGAUAUCUCAACUGCUUUGCCUGAUACUCUUAAAUUUGAACUGAUUGCCUACGAGGAUAUCCAAGAAAGUCUAUUCAACAAUCACAUUCCGGUUAGAGAAGAUAUAGGACUAUAUUUCUUUGCAAGCGAGAAAGAAAGGUCUAAGAGAUAUAGCGCUCUGGUGCAAUUCUUGUAUAGAAAUGAUUUGGUGAUGAGAACAUUCAUAGAUAAUACUCAGCUGCUUGUAUUUCCAUCCACAGCCUUGUGCAUCGAUUCUCAAAGAUGGGACGAAGAGGGCUUCCUGUGGGGAUUAUUUUACCACAUGGGACAAGACAAAAAUGGAUCUGCUGAAGUGAUUGAUAUGGAAGUAGAUAUGAUAGGUGGAGAAAAUGUAGGAACUAUGGAUAUUGUUGUCUCCAGAGUGAUUGAUAUGGAAGUAGAUAUGAUAGGUGGAGUAAAUGUAGGAACUCAAGACGUUGUUGUCUCCAAAGGGAUUGAUAUGGCAGACAUGAUAGCUUGAGAAAACGUAGGAGCUAUCGACAUUGUGGUCUCAACAAUUACUUUCAGAAAUGGCGUUGAUUUAGCUCUUUAACAGAAAUUAUUACUACUGCAAUUUAGUUUGUGAAUUUGUUGGUCGUCUAUGUAUGACAGUGCAACUAUUUUCUUAGCAUAUGUGUUUGCAUGAAUUGAGUAAUAGACAUAAUCUAUUCUAGGUUUAUGUUUUUGCAUUUCCAUUGUUCAUUCUCUGUACUUUCUAGUUUUGUUCAUGACAAUGU